CACAACUACUCACUUUAUUGCCCCCCACCCCAGCAUUUAUUAUUUCUUGUAGAGGUUUUUUUUUACAGAAUGGUUGUGCUUGUGUCACCUUACUUUUGCUGAAUUGCAGUUGACUUGUUACCUUUUUCCCUGAUUUGUUCCUUUACGAUAAAAAGGUUAAAAACUUACGGGGGCUUAUUUAUAUUGGCUAUUAUUUGAUUUCCACACUGUUCAGCAAGAAAGGAAAGGGUAACCAAUAAUUUCCCUCCCCUCCCACACAUACACAUACACAUAUACUAGUACUUCUUCUUCCCGAUUGAUAAAACAAUGCUCUGCCAUAGCUAUAUUAAUAUCAGUUCCUUAUACAUACAUUAAUAUUAAUACAUAUAUGCUGAGAGAUCAGAUGCCUACCUCUUGCCAUUUUCUUUCAAGGGAAACCUGCGGUUCUGCCCGGAAUUUAUGGAAAUAUUCCUAAUUCCUUCUUCAGGGAUUAAGAUCAUCAUCAUGACAAGGUUUGCUUUCUGCAAACUCUAAAACAAAAAAAGAAAAAGGAAACUGAAGCCCUACCUGACAAUCUUGAUUCUCCGACCAAUAUGCAAUCAUCAUACGCAAACGGACCAAACCCUGUCCUGACAGAUGACGACGACGACUCGUUGCAAGCAGUAGCCAUAUAUCCUUCCCUGUCCCUCCAUGGCUUUGCUGCUGAUUCACUUUUCAGGCAAACCCAGAAUGCUCCCAUGGCCGAGUUUCCUUCGCCCUUUCUACAUGAUGAAUUUUGGAAUGGCGGCACACAUCAGGACAUCCUCGCUAUUCCCCUUUCCUUAUAUUCUCCAAAACCUGCUACUGCUGCUGCUGUCCACACCAAUCUGGCCACGUUCGACAACAUGAAUUAUAAUUAUCACCAUGCAUCUUGCAGCAGCAGCAGCAACAGCGAUGCCGCCGCGCCGCAGUCAUCAUUGUCGGGAUCAAAGUAUCUCCCUGCAAUGCAGGAAAUCUUAGCUGAAAUUGCUUGCUUCACCCUCCAAAAUUUCGAUCAGAUGAGUUAUAGCCUCCGACAAUCUCAGCACAACAACCUCUCUCAAGAUUCACGAGAUGCCCAAUCCAAGAAGAAACAUCUCAUGUCUUUACUCCAACUGGUUGAUGAUCAGCACAGCCAAUUCUUAGAUGAAAUCCACACUGUCGUCUCGGCAUUCCACGCCGUAACCGAAUUAGACCCCAAUCUACACGCCCACUUCGCCCUCCCCACACUUUCCCUCAUGUACAAAAACUUGCGGGAGAAAAUCAGCUGCCACAUUCUCGCCGUUGGACCAAACUUUACCGAACACGAAAUACCGCAGCCCGACGAGAAGCAGUGGGCUCUGCUGAAGAAGAAGGAUUAUCAUCAACUAUGGAAGCCACAAAGAGGACUGCCCGAAAGAUCCGUCUCUGUUUUGAGGCAAUGGAUGUACCAAAAUUUCUUGCAUCCGUAUCCGAAAGAUACAGAGAAGCAUUUGCUCGCCCUGAAAAGUGGCUUGACAAGGAGCCAGGUGUCGAAUUGGUUUAUUAAUGCGCGUGUCCGACUGUGGAAGCCGAUGAUAGAGGAAAUGUAUGCGGAGAUGAGUAGAAGAAAUGAGAAGAAAUGAGCAUUGUAAUGAAGAAGAAGAAAACAACCUCAACGGCAACGAUGGCUUCACCCAGUGGCAUCAACAGAGCUUUGAGAAAAGAAGAUAUAUUACCAAUCAACU